AUGAAUUCAAAAAAUUAUUCAUAGACUUAUUCAUAGUGUUAUUCAGAAGAGACAGAAGAAAAGGUUCAAUCUCUUUCUAACAUGGAAAUUAGAUGGCUAAAUUUAUUAAAGCGAGUCUCUGGGGAUGACUUGGAAAUGUUGAGGAUAUAAUUAGAAAAGUAAAAAUAAUCAUUAAAGGAUAUUGAAAAAGGGAUUGAAUAGCAAAUAAUAGAGGAAAUUUGA